AUGUGUCAGCCGAGGACGCCCAGAUCCAGACCCCCGGAUCCAGACCCCCGGAUCCAGACCCCCAGACCCAGACCCCCGGAUCCAGACCCCCAGAUCCAGACCCCCAGACCCAGACCCCCAGAUCCAGACCCCCGGAUCCAGACCCCCGGAUCCAGACCCCCGGAUCCAGACCCCCAGACCCAGACCCCCGGAUCCAGACCCCCACAUCCAGACCCCCGGAUCCAGACCUCCGGAUCCAGACCCCCAGACCCAGACCCCCGGAUCCAGACCCCCAGAUCCAGACCCCCGGAUCCAGACCCCCGGAUCCAGACCCCCAGACCCAGACCCCCGGAUCCAGACCCCCAGAUCCAGACCCCCGGAUCCAGACCCCCGGAUCCAGACCCCCAGAUCCAGACCCCCGGAUCCAGACCCCCAGAUCCAGACCCCCGGAUCCAGACCCCCGGAUCCAGACCCCCAGAUCCAGACCCCCGGAUCCAGACCCCCAGAUCCAGACCCUCCGGACCACAGGACAGAACUGGGGCCAGCUCAGAACCUGAUCUCCACAAGAGCCAUCCCGCGGGUUAG